GGAGAGAGAGAGAGAGAGAGAGAGAGGGAGAGAAAGGAGAAGAGGAGGGGGAGGAGGUAGCGGGGACACGGUAACCUGCAGGAGGACUCACAUGGUCCUGCAGCAGCGGAGCCCAGACCAUCAGGACUCUCAAACCCCUAACACUCUAGCCCACGUCUUCUUCCCCAACACCACCCAUCCUCCUGUAGUCUUAUUUUAUUUUCGCAUCCUUGCUCCCGCAGCCCAGUGUCGGGGUCGGACUUGGGCCGGCAAAGCAGCGCCAUGGCUCGGGAGAACGGAGACACCACCGGCAGAGGGGAAACGUGGAAAAAACAAGUCGACGACAUUAAGAAGAUUUUUGAUUUUAAAGAAGUCCUCGGCACAGGGGCAUUUUCAGAGGUGGUCUUGGCCCAGGAGAAGCUGACCAGCCGUAUGUUUGCAGUGAAAUGCAUCCCCAAGAAGGCUCUGAAGGGGAAGGAGAGCAGCAUCGAGAAUGAGAUUGCCGUGCUGAGGAAGAUCAAGCAUGAGAACAUUGUGGCACUGGAAGACAUCUACGAGAGCCCCGACCACCUCUACUUGAUUAUGCAGCUGGUGUCUGGCGGUGAGCUGUUCGACCGAAUCGUGGAAAAAGGAUUCUAUACAGAGAAAGACGCAAGCACGCUGAUCCGGCAAGUCCUGGACGCCGUUAACUACCUGCACAAGAUGGGAAUCGUGCACAGAGACCUGAAGCCAGAGAACCUGUUGUAUUUUAAUCCUCAAGAUGAGUCCAAGAUUAUGAUCAGUGACUUUGGUCUUUCAAAGAUGGAGGGCAGUGGUGACGUCAUGUCAACCGCCUGUGGCACGCCAGGAUAUGUGGCUCCAGAGGUUCUCGCCCAGAAACCAUAUAGUAAAGCGGUCGACUGCUGGUCCAUUGGAGUGAUCGCCUACAUCUUGUUGUGUGGUUAUCCUCCAUUCUACGACGAAAACGACUCCAAGCUGUUCGAGCAGAUCCUGAAAGCUGACUACGAGUUUGAUGCACCGUACUGGGAUGACAUAUCAGACUCAGCCAAGGAUUUCAUCAGCAGACUGAUGGAAAAAGACCCAGCCAAGCGUUUCACUUGUGAACAGGCACUCAGACACCCCUGGAUCGCUGGGGAUACGGCUCUCUGCAAGAACAUCCAUGAGUCAGUCAGCCGGCAGAUCAGAAAGAACUUUGCCAAGAGCAAAUGGAGGCAAGCGUUCAAUGCCACUGCCGUGGUUCGGCAUAUGAGGCGGCUGCAGCUUGGCAGCAGCAUGGGGAGCAGCAUUGACGCUUCCAACCCACCGACUAGGCCGAGUCAGACGCAGAAGUCAGCCCAAAGCCAGAGCCAAGCGGGCCAGAACCAGCCGGCUCAAAGCCAAAAUACCGGCCAGACAGCGCAGAGCCAGAGCACCAGCGCUGUCGCCAACAAGAUCUCUUCCAUAGAUAACAACAUAGCAGCUCCCCACAAGGAAUGUGUCACUGCAGUCACAGCCUGCAGUCUGGCAUCUGCAGCCUCUUCUCCUGCCACAGGGACGGAGCUGAACCGGCCACACCCAUCUGUGGUCCCCGCCCCGGUUCUCACGGAAACCAAGUGACGCCAGGUCCCGCGGGGAACCAGCUGGGAGGCCACGGCGCUGUGAAGCAGGGAGACCGGGAAAGAAAGAGAGAUCGAGGACGACCAGUGAGGAAGAUGAUCGCCCUCUUCUUUGUCCCUCCCUCUCUUCGCUUUACUGCCUCUCGGAUACGCCCCCCAGCCGGUACCCCGCCCUGCUCGUGGGAGAGCAGAGGACUUUACCGCCACCCCACCGAUUCAAGCCACCAUUGUCAUACUGCACACCCACCAGGAUCUCGGCAUAAAACUCGUCCUGCCACAGCCACAGCACACCCACUGUCUCACACUGGGGAUGUUCACACAGUUGGCUUUGAUCAUUACCUGAUAAAAGGUGUCCACUGCUCCACAUGUGAGCUGCAGUUGGUGGUUCUCGGUGGAGCUGCUGGUGUCAUACAAGUUCAGCCUCCCUAUUCAAUCUGAUCUUUCCCGCAUCAAUUUAUUUAGCUUUUUUUUUCCGACUUAGGUUUGACUGUUGGCAAACGGAUUGUUUUACUUUUAUUAACUGCUGUUAAAUUUAAAGACGCUAUGUGUAGCAAACAUAUCAUUGUCAAAUUGAUAUUGCUACCUUGGCAUAAUUAGUGUAAACAAAUGAGACGAUACCCGAGAUGAGCCAAAUGUAGUUCCUCUUUAUUAAUUGCUGUUGUUGUGUUAGGAUCUAAAUUAGAACCCAGUUCCCAUCAUCGCCAGAUGCUUGGUCUAAAAAAAGCAAAUCUCACUUCCUGUUAAUCAAACACAUCUCCCUGCCAAUCUGACCUGGUAAUUGUGGAACACAGAAAACAGACGGUCGUUUUUUUUAAACACAAAUUAUGCAAAUGUAGCAAAUUCAUCUUGACAAUGGUUUAUCUGUGUAAAAAUGCCACACAUAGCACCUUUAAGACAUUUGUGUGUCCUUAUGGGCUUGGUUGUCUGUUUGUUUGUUCGUGCUUUAAGAAGUGCUUUAAAAGUACCAUAUGACUGUUGAGAUGUGGAAACAUGAGUAAGCGCUUUAUCUAUUUUGCACAGAAGGGAUCAGACAUAGAUUAGCUGCCAUUCACAUGUGUUUAUCAGAGAGAGUAGAGAUUGUAAACCUUUACUGAUUGGAUGUCAGAGUAUUGUACAACUUGUUUAUUGUCUGAAAGAUUCUGAUUCGUUUAUUAUUUUCUUACUUUAUGAGACUUUUAUAAUAAUUGCCCUUUAAGGGACACACAUACUGGUUAUUAUGAAACAUGGAAUAAGUUUAGGAUAGAAUUAGAACACAUAGAGAUAUGUAUUUACUGGAAAACACAUCCAGUAAAGGAGCUACAGGCACCGCAGCAUAGUUACUAAAAGAAAGGCCUCGUGGGUCCUCAGAGAUACAAUCCAAAAUGGAGAAGCUGUAGCCUGCCAUCGUUCUUUAUGUCUCUAACGAAGCCAUGAGCUCACCUUCUUUAUUUGUCAAGCUGCACCCAGUCCAGAAGUGCUCAGGGAAAACUGCAGCUGCACUGUGCGCUGGUGAACACCAGUUUCCUGAUUUAGUCUUUUUAUUUAUGGGGUUUGUCACAUCCGGCCGUUCCAGGCAGCAUUGCAGUUAAUGAUCCAGGCUUCAGGACAUUAGCUGUGUCCUUACUGUAGAGUUGUAUUGAUGCGUGACUUGAGCAUUGAUAAUUUAGACCUGGACUACUAUUGACCAUAUACAUACGUGGGCUCACUGCAGGCAACAGCAGGGCAUCAAUGCUUACUUUUGAAGCUUCUUUUGAAGCAUUUUCAAAAAAGUAAUGAAAUGUAAUUAAAGACUGAAAGCAGCGAUUCACCAACCAUUUAAACUUUUUAACGCUGGCUGAUACCUGCAGCACUUUUCAAAGAAGUUGGGACAGGGGCAUAUUUCCUAAUCAACACUUAUUUCAACUAUUUUGAAAAACCAAGGAGGCCGAUUGCUGUAGUUUAAAAAAAAAAAAUGUUUAUCCCAUUAUUCUUUGAUAUUGGAUUUCAGCUGCUCCACAAUGUUUCUGAUGGCUUGCAGAAGCAUUUCUGAACACAUGCAGUGAUUUCCAUUAAAGAAACUACUCAUCAGCAGUAAGGUGCAACUAACCUGUCCUAUGGUGGGUUAAGUCUAGUUGAUGAUCCCUAUGAACAGUUUACGCUUGUCAUUGUAGCCCUAAAACAUGUGCACAGACAGUUUGGAGACACAAGUGUCCCCAGGUUAGGCUUUACCACCUUUAAGAGAUAACAGGGCUGUGAUGAUGUCACUGGUGAUGCUUGCAACACCCAAGUCCACCAGGUUUUUUAGACAUUAAUCUACUCUUCCAGUCGUUAUUUCUGCCCCAACUCUUUCAAACACUUUGAUGUCUUUAAAUAUAUAUAAUGAGAAUAAUGUUUUAUCUAAACACAGUAACAUUUCUCACUAUCAUUACUUCAUGUUUUCUUUAUGCUAUUUUCAAUUCAGUGCAGAGGUUAGGACAUGGUAAAUCAAUGCAUUCUCUUUAUUUACAUUCUACAUGUUGUCCCAACUUUUUUGGAAACGGGGCUCUAAAAAAAUGCACAGAUCCACGACUCAGCGUGGUAUUUUUGACUACUAACCCGACUUUUGUUUUCUUCACUUAAUGGAACUCUUGAACAUGGCUAAUGGCCUUUCCUGUCCCAGAAAGCAGAGCUGUACAAUGUAGGGUGCUCACUCACACAUAUCAGAUUGUCAUGUCUUUAUUCGAUGCAAUUUUACCGAUCCCUUUAUUGAAUUGUAGCCAAAGACUAUUGCUUGGUAAUGAAGACAAUUUGGUUCAUUCUGCAGUGCUUGACAAAUUAGAACAAAACUAGCCAGAUGUGAAGUUGUUCAAGACGGAAACUAAGGGCUUAAUUAUAGCUGCAAAAUAACCUAAAGAGAACGUUUUGUGACCUUUUAUCUUUUCAUAAUCUCUUGCCAUUUACAUUAUUUUUAUUGCCUGAAUUGUGUUGCAAAAAUACUGCAAAGUAUUCAUAGUGCUACUCUCGAUAUGUGGCAGUAUGAGGUGGGUGUGAGGCCACAUUUGGAUAAAAUUCAAGUUAAGGUGAAAAUGACAGUAAAUCUAAACUCACCGAAGCUUUCUGGAAUUCAUUUUUGGUUCACUGCACCGCUCUAUGUGUUAGGCUCCAUCUAGCAUCUAGAUUAUCAUCUCUUUUGCCCUCACUGAAAGGAUAAGGAGUAAUGUUUCUAAAGUAUUUCUGCAUUUUUCCUAUCAUCAGCUAAUGACAACGUCACACUAGGGAAAAAGUGGCUGAAGACUGCAGCAUGUCCAAAAUUACUACGGCGAUGUAGAAUGAUAUUAUGAUCUUGCUUCCUUUGAAAUGGUUGCUUCGAACACUGGGACCUGUCUGCAACCACUCGCAGUCAGCUGCCUCCUUCAAAGCAACUUUGGUGUGUCAGGAAGGCAAUAAAAUGGCAAAAAGACCAAGUCAGUCUGCUAUCAGUUUGUGAUGGAAUGGAAUCAAGUUGGUAAUUACAUGCAGUCUGUUUGUGAUAACACUGAUUAACUAUGAUAAAAUGGUUAAAAUUGCAAAUUUGUUGCCAUCUUCAUACACAGAAAUUCAUCAGAACCUCAUAGAUUUGAAACACAGACUCAGAAGUGACUCUAUAAGAAAUGACUUAGUUGCUGCAUGAUGAUGAUUGGAAUAUAACACACUGACUGAGAUUGUGUGUUGGCAAUUUAUCUUUUUUUAAAGUGUGUUAAUUUACACACCAAUUAUUUCUAAAUUCUGCCAUUCAGAGUCUGUGUUUGAAGAUAGGUUGCUUUCAUCACUAAAAGCAGAAAACUUGAAAAUGCAAGCACUGGUUUUUGAAGUUCCAGGUCAUCAUCCUAUUUUUCUCUAGCAUAGACUAAGCCAUAAUCCCACACAAAGUCCAAAACCAGCAUUGUGUUUAAUGUCUCUUACCUUGUUUACAAAGUUCUUGCCCCAUCUGAGUCCUUCCUUCUGUCGGUUUUUCAAAAAUAAGAAGCAAAUUCGUAUGUGGGUCUGAGUAUGUGAGUGUGAUGAAGCUAAAUUUCCAGCCUAAUCCAGCAGUGUGUCUAAGGUGAUGUGUUUCUAACAGGUUUCGGCCAAAACAUUAUGCACAGAAAACAGCUGUUUUUGUAGGUGCACUCAUUAUUCGCUUUGCUUGAAGGUUGUUCACAGGAAGAAAACUGCCAUUUAUAAUCUUUUGAAGUAUGACAACUUAGAAAUCCAUCAGCUAUAAUACACAAUGUAAAGUCCCAGAAAGACCAUAAACUACUGAUUAUGUAUUUUAGGUUAAAGUUCAAUUAGUCACAUUAUGGGAUGCAUUGGACCCACCCCAUAUUGGAGAAAUAAAAAGUCAGUAUAUCUUCAGCUUUUCAUUCUGUCUGUGGCAGUGGGAUAUUUGACAUUUUAAAUAUCCUUUUAAUGGAUAGAAGACUUUGCGAAAACCUCUAAUCAUGCUGCAGUUGUCGUUUAUAAAACUACGGUCUCCGCAGACUGUACAGUUUUUCAAGCACUAUAGAAUAAAUUGUAAAACUUGCAUAAUAUAUGGUGACACUAUUGAUGCAGAGCAGAUACUUCUCGGUGUCAUGUAGACUAUUCAUUGGCUGAAAACACUUCUGUUACUUUAUGCACAACACUGUAGCAACCAAGCAAUUCUGAAGUUCGAUGAGUAUGGUACAGUAUGAUUAUUUAAGGCAGCGCGUGUCAGGGCAGUCAAAAAAGAAACAAACAUCUAAUGUUUUAACUGCUGCACACAUGCCUGCGCACAGAUAGUUGAGAUUUCUGAAGGUUUGCAUUUAUUCUGACACAUUUUUCUGAGAGGAAAGUAAUCUGACUCUGACGUCAAUCGAUGUAUACUGAAGGGAACUUUCAAACAUGUAAGGGCUUUAUUCCAAUGACCACCUUAAUCUUAUUCUUCACUGUUAUCGUGUCUAUUUACCCAUUGAUUGCUAUGCAUUUUUUUAAAAACAUUUUAAGUGUGUUGUCAAUGCUUUUUAUUUCUGGAAAGCAUGAUCAGGAAACAAAGGAAAACAUCAGCAGCUCUAUUUAAAUCUAUUCAAGACCAUUUCACUCACUUAUUAUUAUUAAAUUUGAAUGAUCUACAUUAGGGGUUUAAGAGGUUGUUCAAAGAGGUUAAUGAAUUAGGAAUACUGUUCAUUAAAUGUGAAGUCGUACACUUUAGCUUGGACGUGUGGGCUUCUGAAUGUGCUGUGAGGCAGGCAGAGGGUUCAGGUCCAUGCUCCUCUGUGGUUUUAUGUCUGCUGUUUUUGUUUGCUACAGAGAGAGAAAACAUAAAUGUAAUUCAAAUGAGUCUUUCCAUGUUAAAGAUGCUACUGUAAAUAGAUUGUGAAUACUGAUGAUCAUUUUCAAGGUAAUAUUUACGAAUGUUUUGCUGUACAGGCAUGUCUGAGUGAGUGAAUGAAUGAAUGAGUUUGCAAGGGAAGUUGAUUGUAUCCUCUAUGGAAUGUUUUAAUGUAAAAAAAAAAAUGUAACAAAAAAAAACAGCUUCAAGUCUCCUUUACUUCCCGACUUUGCGGUUAGCUUUCAGAAACUGUCCGGCACCACGCGGCUGCUAUUAGCAGAGCUGCGCAGUGCAGUUUAAUGCCAUCAGUGUUCCACCAUCACUUAAGUGUCAGUCCAACUCAAAAGGUGAAACCAUCGUUUACUGAACUCAGGCUUACGUUUUUGUUUUUUGCCAUUCUAAGGGAAGAAAUCCAAAGCUGUGACCGACUCAGAAACACACUGUUACGGACGUUCACUCUCUCCACUUUGAACUCACCAUCCUUUGACUUUUCUUUCUUUCUUUUUUUAUGAAGAAAAAAACUGCACCUUCAUGAAAAAACACAAGCAUGUUGAAAAAAAGUGCUUCAAGAUUUCAACUUUACCAUGAGUGUUUGCAUAAUCUUAUAUGCCCUUGUAUGAUGUUCGUAUCUCUGUAUUAUGUGAAGAUGUACACAGGUUGAGAUGACCAGGUCCACAAGAGCCAAGCAGAGUAUUUGUUCUAACUGGCAAAAUUUACCCCUGGAAUUACUUACUAUUAUUAUCACUAUUAUUAUUUGCUGGAUUCAUUCUGUUUAUUACUAUGAAAGUUGCUUUAAUUCUGCUAAUUAGAAUGACUAUGUUUUGUCAUGCGACUGGAAGAAAAUGCAUUUAUAUUGCCCUUUUUUCAGGUUUUUAUUAUACAAAUUGAAAAUACACUAAA